AGAUCACCGGUGCACGUCGAGUCAGCCCCACAAGUCGGCCUCACGAGGCUGGGCGAAACAAGUUAGUUAUUCGGGCGCAAAUUUUAGUUCAUGUAGUUGACAGAAUGGGAUAUCUUAUCAAUGGAAGGCUUCUUUCUUUUUCUUGCUGGUCACUCUGCGAGUGUACCAAACUACCCCGCUCAAUCUCAACGCAAUGCCUCCCAUGAUCAGAUAUAUCUCAACUUCUUCGCUACUCUUCAACCCCAGGAAGACAGAAAGAACGAUGAAAACCCCAUCUCUAGAGUCAUUUGACAUCCUUGAUGCCCCCCAGGGACAUGCACACGAUUUUUGGGAUGAUGGCGAUGAUCUUCGGGAUAUCAAGCAACUAGGAAAUGACUGGUUCUGUUGUGUUAGAACAUGCAAAGCAUACAACAAGUCAAAUCUGACAGUCUGCAAUGAAUGCAAACAUUCAAAAUGUGCUGAGUGUCAGUAUCCCAUCCAAGAGGCCGGAAUACGUGCUUGUACGCUCUUUUACUUUUGUGUAAGUUUGACCUAUGGCCAGCACUGUUUCUAUUCGCCUACCUCCAAGCUUGUCUAUGCCAUCUCCUUGCUUUUGGUUGCAUCCCUGUCAGUUAUCUCGUGGAUGUGCGUGUGUCAUGAUGGCCCAAAGCUGUACAGUUCUCAGCCCGUGUGCGUCACUUGCAAUCAUACGUGUAUUCCAGAAUGCUGCGAAUGUCCAAAUUUCUCAUCCGAGGUACCGUAAGAUGAAUUCCAAGUGCUACAGCCACUGUAACGCUUGUUAGGCAGAACAGAAUAAUCCAGUACUUCCACCAGGCGAUGUCAUCGCUGACCUGGUUCAUGCUGAAGGCACUCUGUGGAAGUGAAGUCAGCCACAGUUCUCUUGUAUUCUCCUCUGGUUUCUUUUGAUUCGUCAUCUUAAAUGGCCUCCAGGGACUUGAGGACUUUAGUCGGUGUACUCACCGUCACAAGUGUCACCGGUAGAUAUAGCUAAAUCCAU